ACGAGUUCAGGGGGAAAAAACCCAGCAGAAGGAGGGAACUUGUGCCACUGCUCCUGUACUCCAGCCAUAACAAAAGCUGAAGGCAUCAGAAGCAGUGGGCUCACUAACGGGACUUACUGUUUAUUCCAGCUGUGGAUUUUUAUACCUCUGUAAAAAUCAUUUUACAAAAAGCAUUUGGACAUGAUGGUGCGGUACUUUAUUCUAGCGGCUCUUCUGCCUCUGUUCGCUACAGCAGCCCGGGUACCAAAUCGCGGAAACCAGAGCAUCAUCCGGACGUUUUCUGGAUCUUUCAGGACGGUCACGGAUGAGCCGUUUGAAUAUCUGGACGUGUUGGAGGGCAGCGGUUCGGGCUUCGGCCAAGACGGAGAACAGCACCACCGUGCGGGAAAAAGGGAAUUUUACAUCUCCGACGUAGCCUCUGAGUUCCUGACCAGCCGUUUGUCGACCGUUUUCAUCCCAACCAUCUACACUCUCAUCUUCAUCAUCAGUGUCCCUCUAAAUCUGUUUGCAGUGAUCAUGUUUAUCCGCCGCGUGCAGCCCAAAAAGCCGGCUGCGAUCUACAUGCUGAACUUGGCCUGCGCAGACCUGCUGUUCGUUUCGCUGUUGCCUUUUCGCAUCGCUUAUCAUUACAAUGGAAACAACUGGAUCUACGGCUCUGCCAUGUGCCGCAUGGUCACUGCCGCCUUCUACAGCAACAUGUAUUGCUCAGUGCUGCUGAUCACGUGCAUCGCCGUGGACCGCUUUUUGGCCGUGGUCUACCCGAUCGACUCUCUAACGAGGCGCAGCCCCGGAAUCGCUUCAGCCGUGUGCGCCGCCAUGUGGCUUCUUUCCAUCGGUGGGGUCACGCCUCUGCUCGCGUCCGAACACACCGUGCAUCUGUCCAAACUGGGCAUCACCACGUGUCAUGACGUGAUGGACUUCGAACACCUCCGAAGCUACUACCUUUACUUCUUUCCGAUCUUCAGCGCCCUGUUCUUCUUCAUCCCGUUCAUGGCCACCACAGUGUGUUACAUUGGCAUAAUUCAGACGCUGCGCGCACUCGGCGGGCAAAACAAGGCGAGGAGGUCGCGCGCCGUCGCCAUGGCAGCCACGGUGUUUGCCUUGUUCACCGCGUGCUUCGCUCCCACCAACAUCAUUCUGCUGACGCACUACGUGCGAUUGUCCGGCGCGCCGGACGACUCUUCAUAUGUUGCUUACCUGGUGGCCACGUGCUUGGGAAGCCUGAGCGCCUGCGUAGAUCCGCUUAUUUAUUAUUUCGGCUCGUCGCACUGUCAGAAGCAGGUACUGGCCUUCUUCAAGUGUCGCCCUGCACUGGAGCGCUCCCAGUUCAGCAGCACCAGCGGCAGCACCACAUCCAGCAAGCUGGAGACUUUCAAAAGCAACUUAAGCAGCCAGUACAGACAAUUGCUUGCGUGAGCAAACUGCACGUGACUCCACAAAAAAGUACUUUAUCAGGAUUGGUAUUGAUUGAAAGCAAAUGUGCUUUAUACUAGCCUCAAUGGCUGCGUUCUUAAAUACACUGUUAAACCACAAUCUUUACUGCAUAGAUAAUAUAUGCAUCUGUAUCUAUUUUUAGCUAUCCUUCCAAACUGGCCAAGGAAUUCUGUAUAAAACUGUUCAGAAGCAGUUUAGUUGUUGUAAGCUCUCUGCUACAUGCACAGCAAACGCUGAUAGGCCUUCACCUUCCUUCCAGUCAACACUUAAGGGUUGUGCUUUGAUUAAAAAGGAAAUAUUUGAGGUAAACACUGCAAAAUAGGGCAUCUUUAAAGGCAUUUAAAAAUAACAGACUCCACCAUUUCAGAUGUAUUAUGUAAACAAAAUGUAUUGUUCCAGGAAAUGUGCAAGAAAAACAUGAACAGAAAUUGAAACUGCAACAAUAUACACAAGGAAGUCAGCCACAGGAAACAUAAGCAUUCUAUCAACAUUCCUUUCCCAUGGACUUAUCAGGGUCAAUUUAAAAAAAAAAAGUACAUCACA